AAUGAUAAGAAUGUUAAUGAAAAGAUGCUUUACAGUCUAAUUAAAAGAGUUAGAGGAAGCAGGAAAAGUGGUUAAGUUGAAUAAACAACAUAAGUAAGCUGAUGUUGAAUAAUUUACUCCAAUUCCAACAUCACCUGUUCUUGGUCCAAUAAAAAUAGAGGAUCCAAAAGUUUCUAAUAAAACCUAUAGAUGGUGUUCAUGUGGAUUAAGUUAGAAAUAAGUAAAUUAAACAAUGAUUUAUUUAUAGCCAUUAUGUGAUGGCUCUCAUUAAGGAACAUCAUUUAAGCCAUAUCGAUUUACAUUAGAAUAAGAAACUGAUUCUUUGGAAUUAUGUGGAUGCAAAUUAACUAAAAGUGUACCAUUUUGCGACGGAUAAACUUGUGUAAAUCUUAGAAAGUAAUCUGGUUAACCAUGAGUU